CGGGAACCUCUGGACUAAAAUGUUCAUAUAGAAAAAGGGCGUCAAGACAAAGAAGAAAAAUUUAAUAAAUAUUAGGCUCACAUUGACGCUACUGAUUCAGUUUUCUUUCAACCUUCAAGAAGAGCAGUCCAAUUUUUAAAGAUGAGAACUAGUAACAGCCUUUUAUUAGUAACAAUCAUUCUGGGGAUCGUUACAUCCUUUGGAACUCAAACAGCUGGUCAUGACGUCAAGUGUGAAGUUAAGGAAAAGAACACGCCGUUCGAUAAUCGUUUUGCAGUACAAUUCCGGACAGUAGUUUCGUGCGUAUUCAAUGAGGAUUUCGAGAUUACCGUUCCAUCAAAAUUGACGAAUCCAACGAAUGAAAGUGUGACCGAACUGCGAAUGACUCGCAACAAGAAGAUAGGAUUCCUGCCACAAGAUAUUAGCACAUCGUUUCCAAAAUUACGUUUAGUGGAUGCGUUCGGUUGUGCUGUAAAGGAAAUCACUAAAUCGAGUUUUCGCGGCCUUACACUGGUGGACAAAAUAGUUCUUGAUGACAACGAAAUUGCGAAUAUUGACGAGAACUCUUUCGACGAUUUGUCGGAAUUGAGACUAUUGUACCUCGAUAACAACAGAAUUGCUAGUUUGCCUACAAAAUUGUUUGAAAAACUUGAAAACUUGGACACACUCUACUUGAACGGCAAUCAACUGCAAGAGCUGGAUGCAAAUUUGUUCAAAAACAACCGGAAACUCGCGUUACUUCAUAUAAACGAGAACAAGCUACAAACAUUACCACCGGCAAUUUUUGAUGGAAUGACCCAAAUGCGACAGAUAUGGUUGAAGGGCAAUGAGAUUGUCGAUCUACCAGCUAACGUUUUCGAGCAAUGCGAAAGUCUGGUGGACAUUGACCUGUCACGGAACCGAAUCAAGAGAAUUGAGCCGAAUUUACUUACCAAAUUGGGUGAACUCAGAGAUAUUUCGUUUUCAUUUAAUCCAUUGGAAUUUAUCGAUUUGACCGUUUUCGAUGGAAAUACGCUAUUGACCGAGAUGUUUUUCAACGGUGUUGCUACAGCUGAUAUUCGAAACAUUGAAAGAGUUGAUCAGAUGAAAAAUAUCAAGGGGCUUAGCUUCCACAAUGGCUGCAUCGGCGACCAGUUUCACGAAGGGAACUUGGAGAAAUUGAAGGAGAUUGUCAGAAUGCGUUGUAUUGCUACAGUUAAGGCCGAAUAAAUCUUUCGAUAAUGUCAGUUUCUGUGUUCGUCGAUAAAAUUGUAAUGGGAAAAUAAUAUUUUCGUUUUAAACUUGAAA